AUCUGUUAAGCUCUUUCUUAUUCAGUUUUUGCAGUUUAUAUAUCUUCGUAACCGUAACCCGUACAUCUACCACUCACCUAAGGAAACAUCUAUACUUUCCCCAAGCAGGUUAUUGCUCUCAGUUUUCUAGAAAUUUUUGGAUUUUUGCAACAUUGUUUAUUAUUCUUAUAUAUUUUUUUCAUGGAAUGUGUAAUAAGCUUCAUGACGCGUAAAUUGACAAACAUUCUCUAAAAUGUCAUGCACUUUGAACUUAUGGACUCAUGACUCCUCAUUGUCUUCUCAUAUUGCUAUUAUAAAUUAUGAUUUGGUAGCUGGAGCUAAAUUAGGAGACGUUUUCGAAGUAAAUCUCGUUCAUUUAAAAGAAUCUGGCAGCGAACAUGACGACUUGAGCCAACUAUCGAGAGUAAGAACCAAUCGUACACAGGAACCCAUCUAUCUUAUGCCGUUUCCUUUGUUAGGAGAACUAAAGAAAAAGCACCCAAACUUGCAGCUUUCUGUUAAGCAUGAACUCAGCACACUCUUAGGGAGCCAUAGUCGUGAACCUGUUUCUGUUAAGCUAUGUCGCGACAAAGCAGCGAUUGAAGCAGACCAUGUCGUGAUAUUUUUUCGUGAUCAAUUCAUCUCCAGAAGUGAUAUGUGGCGUCUGUCAAGGAAGCUCUGCGACACGUGUGUUUACCAAAAGCAACGUGUCUACUUUUUAGGGAACGCCGCAGGCGAAAUAGGCUUUAUCUGGAAAAAUGGUAAAAAAUGUAAAUCUGCAUAUUUUUCAGAAAACACAAGGCCCAUCUUUCGUUCUGAAAGCGCUAAAUUUCUCAUCUUUAUCCAAAUGAGUGAAGAAAUGUGGCAUUUUGAAGAAGAUGGUGAACUGAAUUAUAAUAAAGCCAUAGAUGGAUUCUUACCUGAUUUGUUUUCUUUAUGGAGGGAUUUGGGUGCGCAUCAUUUAAUAUCUAUUAUUUUGUUUACUCGUGUUGAAUAUGGAAAUUAUGGUUCAAUGUGUAUCUGGAGCCCAGACAAUAAUGGUAUGAACCCAAGCGUAAAACAGCCAACUCAAAAUUCAAUGAAUGAAUCUGAAGAAGGUGGUCCAUACAAAGAUUUCUUUAAAGUUGUUGUUGAUAAUGUUUCCAGUCGAGACUGGCAACCUACUCUUGCUAAUCUCAAAGUUGAGCUAGCAAAGUUCAAGGAAAAUGUUUUAGUUCAAAAAACUGUAAAUGAGUUCGGUAAAGAGGUCGACUAUGUCUGUGGUAGAAUGACUGCCUCCCAAGAAGGCAACUUUCUAGAGGUCAUAAACAUGGCCGUUUUUCAAUUCCAAUCUGACUACAUCGAUCGAGAUUUAUCGAGAACUGGUACUAGCAUAAUUAUUGUCACACCCGGAAGCGGUUUAUAUGAAGUUGACGAGAAGAUGCUGCAUCUAACAUCUAAGAGCCUUUUGAAUACAGUCGUCGGCAUGGAUAUUGUCUCUCUAGGUAAAGUUCCUCUAUUCCUUACUCCCAUGCUUCGCUAUAAAAAUCCUACCAAAAAUUCCAAAAAGUCUCAGCUACUACCAAAAUUCUCUGAAUCCUUGCCAACCUCUAACGGUGGCAUCCCAGAAUCAUUUACCUCUUCCAUUUCUAAUUAUUCAGUUGGUUCCUUUCUGAAGAAUAUUCGAACCGGUAGUGACUGGUUGUAUACAUUUCCUAUCGGCUGUAACAUUAGCUUUUACAGUACUACAGAAAUGCGUUCAUUGCGCUCUCCUUGGGAGAAUCUUAUGCGUGAGCACAAGUUUGAACCCACCGCUAAAAUGCAUGAACUACAGAUGAUGGGUGUUUUAGAAGCUGAGAGUGCCAAAAUUUCGAUCCCACUGCUUCAAUCAGAUCCUUCCCUAGGAGGUGGUGAUGUAUUUAAAGAAGCUGCUCAAGAAGAGUAUGAUGCUAAACAAUUUGUUAGCAAUUAUCUUCCUCGGCCAUCAGAGACAUUUCGCCAGCCUCUAUAUCGUAAUGCUUCUUUCAGCCCAGAAAAAGAAUUCAUACAAGACGCUAAACUUCCUAACUUGUCUUCUGUUUCAAGCCGCGACCUGCUACGAAAUCCAAGUGAUAAAGACAUCGAUUUCAAACCUCGUCGUAAAGAUGCAUUCCGAACAAAUACAAUGUCAAGUUUAAGUGAAAAGAUAAGGGAAUCAUCAAAGAAAAAUUUCAAUGUUGCUUUGCCACGCGUUCCAUCGCAGGUGAAAGUACCUUCUGCUAGGUCAAGCUCCUCAAACUUAAAAGGCUUCCUUGUGCAACCAGCGACAGCAACUACGUCCAUAAAUCCGUUGGGUACAAAAGAAGCUAUAUCAAAACCAUAUCCGGUCGUGCUCCCUUCAAUGGAAUCUACAGCUAAAAUAAACCAACUUAUGGUUACACCCAUUACUAGACCAUCUAGCCACCUCAAGCCUAAUAAUUUAGAGGUAACUAAUUUAUCACCGACGAAGGGUUCGUCAUCUGAAAAGCCUUACCAAACUCCUUGGAAGAUUAUAGAUAACCCAUUUAAACUAAAACAAACCACAGCGGAUAACGAUCCUGUGUCUCUUAGAUGGGAGCAUUUAUAUAUGAAUAAACAGGAUGUUCGAAGGUUUAAUUGGCUAUCUAUGUGUACGCCUGGUGCUCUUCCGCUCACUUUUAGUUAUUUCCCUUCACUGGAGGAAUUAAACGAUAAUUUUGAAGAAUACACCUAUACAGUUGGAAUUGAUCCUGAAAUAACUGAAAUGAAUCAGCAAGAUCUUCUUACUGAAAUGAUCUGUCAAAGGUUAUCUCGAGGAUAUCAGAUUGUCGUGAAUCCUGUUACGUUUAUUUACUUGAAUGAGCCUUCGACUUCGAUAGUUAAAGAAUAUUCUCAAGACUUUAAUAAGUAUGUGUCAACCCCUAAUGAAGUUCGGAGUAAUACUGUUUAUCUUGCCUUGGGAGAUAGUCAAUUUCAUUGCCUUUCUUGUGAUUCUGUUGGAUACAAUAUUGAAGUUAAGCGAUAUGUAAAAAAGGUUUCAGGGUAUGGCAAAAUGAAAUAUGACUAUUAUAUUUGGUCUAAGAAUACGAAUGAUUACGUCCCUUCUAGUAUAACUUUUAAUGCUAAUGACACUGCAAAUUACAACUGGAAUUAUGUUGAUCAACUAAUUAGUGGUUUUGAAACUUACUUACCCGAUUCAGUCAAGUAUUGGAGAGCAAGAUUUGUAUUGAUUCCUACAGGCAACUUUUCUCCGAAUAUUAUACAAAAGUAUCAAGCAUUGGAUCAGGAUAGUUAUACUGAAGAAGAACUGAGAGUCGAGGGCGUGUGCAAAUUAUGUGAAAUUUUACGUCGAGGAGAAUUUGAUCCUUUGAAUGAGAACUCAAAGAAAACUCCGCAGAUUACUUCUACGAAUUCUCUUGGAAUUAAGUUUACCACCUUAUCUCUAAAAGAUUAUAUCAAUUCCGAAUUGGAAGCUAUUACUAAUGACUCUAAUCGCAAUGAAAAAUCGUUAUUUAUGCCGAAUAAACGCUUAAGUAUCGAAUUAGACAAUUAUACAUUAGCUAAGGAAAUGCAGGGACAAAAUGGCCCGAAGAUAGAUGAUAUUACUUGGCAUUAUCGCGUUUAUGAAAACUGUUUUCUAGGUAGUGAAUUUGUCUCAUGGAUAGUAAAUACGUUUACUGAGAUUAAUACCAGAGAAGAAGCCCUAAGUUUCGGAAACAGUUUACUAGAGAGUGGUUUAAUUGAGCAUAUCAGAAAGAAACAUCCAUUACUUGAUGGGCACUACAUUUACAGAUUAUCUUCUGAAUUUAAUACGAAGCCCAUGUCUACUCGCCCUUACAGGAGUUGGUUUAAUCGAAAGAAAGAAAAUAGUACUAAAGAAAUAGAAAAUCAAAAAUCUUUGAAGGAAGGACCUUUGAGAAUUGAACUCUCGAGGCGUAUUUUAUUUGAUGCCGACCCCGAACGGAAGCAUGGGCGCUCAGAGAUGGUCACUUUACAUUAUGAUCUGCUCCAUAAUCCUAGUACUUGUUUUCAUCUUAGAAUCGAAUGGCUCUUGGCAACUGCAAGUGUGAUAGAAAAUAUGCUACAAUCCUGGUCAAGGAUUCUUGAACGUUAUGGUUUGGCUUUGGUCGAAGCGCCUAUUCAUGAAGUUUCGGCUGUUGCUGAACUGAAUCCUUUCAAUCAGGUGUCUGUCAUCAAACUUGCAGUCGAACCGCCUUCACUUCCAGAACAUUUAUCUUAUGCUGCCGACAAUAGUCAUCCAAAAAAGUGGUGGUGCAUUCAAAUUUUAAAGUACUUUGAAUUUAUCCUUGAUAGUGAGGGAAGUGACGUUUUUCCACAGAUGGUGACAGCAGUUUAUUCAUGGGGAAAACCAGGCUUCAGGUACGUUCAAUACAUUCAUAAGACAGGAAGUGUGCUUGUACAAAUUGACGAUGAUCUUCAGUUUUUAUGGCUACCUAAUUUACUACAUAAUUCAAAGGUAGGUAAAACAAGCUUUAACAAAAGCAAUAAAGGUCAAAAUGUUUCAUUGAAAGAUACAGCUGAAGAACUCAAGCAUUCUUUCACAAGUUUUUGCAAUAACCAUGAGGAACUGAACCGAUUUUAUUACACUGUUGAACAUACUAGGGAAGACCGUCGAAGCAUCACUUCUGGGUCAAGUAUACUUUCUGUGGACGAAAAUGACAUUCAUGCAUGACAACAACUUUGAUUUAUUUAGUUUUCAUAUGUUAUUUAAUUAUGUGUAACCAGGUUACUAAUUUGACGUUUAUUUAAGCUUAACUUACCAUGCUAAUUGAAAUAGGACAACGGAUAGGAAAUAAAG